AUGCAUCACAUCUUACUUGAAGAAGGUGCGAAACCAACAAGGGAGACACAAAGGAGGAUGAAUCCACUCAUGAUGGAUUUGGUGAAAAAGGAGAUAUUGAAGCUCCUUAAUGCUGAUGUGAACUAUCCUAUUUUAGAUAGUAAGUGGGUGAGCCCUAUUCAUGCUCCUAAGAAGAUAGGUAUCACUAUGGUGAAGAAUCAGAAGAAUGAGUUAGUUCUUAGAAGAAUUCAAAAUGGAUGGAAAGUGUGCAUUGAUUAUAAGAAGUUGAAUGCUUUAACAAGAAAGGAUCACUUUCCAUUGCCAUUUAUGGAUCAAAUGCUUGAAAACUUAGUUGGUUAUUUUCAUUAUUGUUUUGUUGAUGGUUAUUCAAGUUAUAAUUAG